GGAAUGUUAGCGGGUGGGAGGUGCGGCUGGGUUGCUACAGCCAGAGCUGGGCGGUGGCGGGCGCUGCUGGGCGAGUCUUGCUGAGCUCGUGGAGGUGGCGCAAUGGAGGGACUGGAAGAGAAUGGAGGUGUUGUCCAAGUUGGAGAAUUGUUACCUUGCAAGAUUUGUGGAAGAACAUUCUUUCCAGUAGCAUUAAAAAAACAUGGACCCAUUUGCCAGAAAACUGCAACUAAAAAACGGAAGACUUUUGAUUCAAGCAGACAGAGAGCUGAAGGAACUGAUAUUCCAACAGUAAAACCUCUCAAACCGAGGCCAGAACCACCAAAGAAACCAUCUAAUUGGAGAAGGAAACAUGAAGAAUUCAUUGCUACCAUAAGAGCAGCUAAAGGCCUUGAUCAGGCUCUCAAAGAGGGUGGCAAACUUCCUCCUCCUCCUCCACCUUCUUAUGAUCCUGAUUAUAUUCAAUGUCCAUAUUGUCAGAGGAGAUUCAAUGAAAAUGCAGCUGAUAGACAUAUAAAUUUCUGUAAAGAACAGGCAGCACGCAUUAGUAAUAAAGGGAAAUUUUCUACAGAUACCAAAGGAAAACCAGCUUCUCGGACACAGUAUAAGCCACCUGUACUUAAAAAGUCAAAUUCUCCUGGAACUGCAUCAUCAGGAUCUUCACGAUUACCGCAGCCAAGUGGCACUGGCAAAACUGUUGUAGGUGUUCCUUCAGGUAAAGUGUCUUCAAGUAGCAGCUCUUUGGGAAACAAACUUCAGACCUUAUCUCCCUCUCAUAAAGGGAUAGCAGCCCCUCAUGCAGGUAAUAUGGACAAGUUAGGCCCUCCACUUCGAACGGGAAGACUUGUGCAAAGGUUGUAUGACAGUGAUACAAAAUCAGACAGUGCCAUCAAAAGACAUGAGUUAUUACCUAUUUACAAGGCUAAUGUCAAACCUCGAAAUUCCACACCACCUAGUUUGGCAAGAAAUCCUGCCCCAGGUGUGCUUACAAACAAAAGAAAAACAUAUGCUGAGAGCUACAUAGCCAGGCCAGAUGGAGACUGUGCAUCUUCCCUUAAUGGUGGAAAUAUUAAAGGCAUUGAAGGAAAUUCACCUGGAAACUUACCAAAAUUCUGCCAUGAGUGUGGGACUAAAUACCCUGUAGAAUGGGCCAAGUUUUGCUGUGAAUGUGGCAUUCGAAGAAUGAUUCUAUGAAUAGAAUCUCAAAAAAAAAAAAAAGCCAAGUUCAGAGUUUAUGAUUAUUGCUGCUUGGACAGCUAGAGCACAUCCUCUAGUUAGUUUGUGCUGAAAAUACUCAAAAUACCAUUUCCAGUAAUUUUGGAGCAUUAUCUUUUGACUAUAUAAUGUGUGUGUGUUUAUGUGUGUACAUAUACUGUAUAUAAUAAAUAUCUGAUACCCCAGACUGUGUCAUUCAAGGAAAUAUUCACUUAUCUGUCAGAAAAUAAUUUCAAAUGGAACAAUUAAUUUAGGUGUUACUUUUCUGUUGUUGUUAAAUCACAUUAAGUACAUUUCCACAAACUCUCAUACUCUAGUGCUUAGCCCUUCAAGCUUUAGGAUAAGUAUAACUUUGAGCAAAAAAUCUGAAUAAACAUUUGUAUUAUUGGUGCCUAUCUUCAGAUAGUAUCAUAGUAGGAUAGAUGCUGGGAAUUUUGUAAUUAGAGAGAAACGGUUUUAAUUACCAUUAGGUAUGUAAGGUCACUCCUGUAGAGCAUGUCAACCAAUUAUUUUAUAAAUCCGAAAAACUAAGAGAAAAAAAACCCUCUAUUAGUUAUGUAAUUUAAACAUCUUACUCGUUUUGUAAAAAUGUAAUUAUGCAAUUUCCUUUUCAAAAACACAAGACUAAAAAUACAAAUCUAUCUUAUUCUAUUUAUAACUGAUUUUUUUUACCUCUGUAUGUAUUCGUUGAACAUAUUUUUUUUACUUCCAAUUGCGUUUCCAGAUUUCACUUUUUCUUCCUUUUCCAGAACCCAUGAAGAUAGUUUUAAUUUGUUAGUUCAAUUUUUGCUGUUUUUGAAAAUGUAAUUAUUUAAUAUAGAAGGCACGGAAUUCCCUGCACAAUCUUACAUGUUUAAAAACAUAAUUUUUUGUAUCUGAAUUUAGAAUAAAUUAUUUGAAUGCAUCUUAAAUCACCUCACCUAAUCAUAAUAGUUGUGGUAACUAAUCAUUAGUGCAGAGCAUGCAGAUACAAACUAUUUGAAUAUUUUUUUCUUGGAAGUACAUGUAGUUAUGAGUAGGUUAAGAGAAUAUCUAAUUUUCCUACUCAUAUUUUCAUCUUUAGCAUUUAAUGUUGAAACACCAUUCACGUCACAAUAAGGACCCACUGAAAAUGUAUUGUUUUAAUGCAUAAUUGACUUAUCUAAUUAAA